AUGAAAAAUUUGUCAGAGUUUCCAACCGAAAUUUUGCAAUGCAUAACUGAAUUGAUACCUUUGCGAUAUUAUGGCUCACUAAUGUCAACAUCUCGUAUCUUUCUUCAACAAAUUGACAUAGAAGAUUUUUGGUUGUAUUUAACCUCUAAAAGAUAUUCCUCUAUUGAGGUAUCUCCGCUUGUUUCAGCGCCUGCAUUAGACCUAUACCAUAUUGAUUUGCAUAACCGACGAAGACAACGAAACAUAACACUCCCUAUCAACCCUCCACUAUGGAAAUAUAUAUUUCGAGUUUAUUUUCAAUAUACUGGGCCUGUACUUAACAUUCAUGCAAUCUUGAAAGUUCCACGAGUAAUUGCGCCAAAUAAAAAACAUGAUCAAUAUGAAGAAAUGUACGAUUUUAUGACAAGACUCGUGGAUAAGAUGAUUGCAAAAUGGCCAUGGUUAUAUCCGACAUAUAGUGAAAAAGACGCCGGGUUGAGAGAACCUUAUUAUAGUGAUGAAGGAAAAGUAGAAAUAAGUGGACCUAUAGGAAGGUUCAUAACAGGGACAUUAUAUGGACAAGGGGGAUUAUACAGAACAUGUACAAUAUUAGAUAUAUCAUUUGAUCCCAAGAGUCUGUACACUAUUUCUAUGAAUCUAUACACGCUUGUGGAUGAACGCGGAAUGAAUUUACAUUAUUCGACUGGAUAUACGUUCCCAUCUUUAUCUUUGACGAAUUUAUCCUCACGAUCAUCUCAUUUCGAUGAAUUUUUACAAAAGUGCGAAACUAUUCUUACAAUGUUUCUCUUCCAUCAUUUUUACAAAUUUAUGCGACCAACCAUGCUUCAUUCCGAAAUAAAGUGGUACCGGUUUGCUAAUGAACAGGAGUCUUUUGGAAAAUUGCUCGAAGAAAAAAUAAAUAAAUACGCCAAAAUGCUGAUCGAACAAUUACAAUUAUACAUUAAGCCACUGGAUUACACAUCACAGGAAAGGGUUAUAACAUUUUUGGAUAAUCCCAAAACAAAAAAAUCAAAAACAAUUCACGUUGCAGUGAUAAGAAGCAUACGUCGUCGUCUGAGGAUUUUUCUUGGACCGCUUCAAUGUAUCUUUAAUUUUUAUCAGGAUGAUAACAUAUUACAAGAAAUAAUUAAUAUAUGCAACAAAUAUGAGGGUGAAUUACCGGAUACGUAUCCUAAUAUGUAUCCCUAUGAUUUCGACAUAAUUAAGAACAUAGGAUACUGGUCAUUAUUUAGACAAUGGGAACAUUACCGCUUUAAUUGGCAAAGUUCUUACAGAAAAGCUAGACCAAUAGGACCUUGUGGUAUUAAUUUCAAUAAAUUAUCAGAAGGAGGUUGUCGAUGGUGGAGUGUUGGAUUACAAGGAAUCGCAUUAGAGGUGCUUGAGCCCUUAUCAAAGUAUAUCGGAUUAGAUAUUUUACAAAAUAUCAUCGAGGGAAAUGAGAUAAUAUUAAUGGAAAAAAUAAGGGAACAAAAGGAAUUAAAAUUUCGACAAAUCGAAAUGAUUGUAGACAAAUACCACUUUGUAAAGUCUCGGUAG